GGAGGAACUAGUAGUGGAAAAAGUUAAAGUAAAAAUGGCUUCCUUGUCUUUGGAGUCCACAGAACAAUCCGAGAACAGCUCAGACGAGCCAACGGCAGUGGACCUCAAGGAAGAGGAAGACUCUGUUCAAGUUUCGGAACAGUUACUUCAAAGUUUCCAAAAGUCGGCUCUGAGUUUUUCCACUGACCAAGUAUCAUGUCUCUGCGAGGCCCUUCUGCAGGCGGGCAAUGUGGAUCGACUAUGGAGAUUUCUAUCCACCAUACCUCCGUCGUCCGAGCUGCUACGUGGCAACGAGACCAUACUGAAGGCCCAGGCACUGGUGGCUUUCCACCGGGAGGAGUUCAAGGAGCUGUACGCCAUCCUGGAGAGCCACGACUUCCACCCGUCUAACCAUGGGUUCCUGCAGGACCUGUACCUGAAAGCCCGCUACAAGGAGGCAGAGAGGUCCCGGGGCCGCAGCCUGGGCGCAGUGGACAAGUACCGGCUCAGGAAGAAGUUCCCUUUGCCCAAAACUAUCUGGGACGGAGAGGAGACAGUGUACUGCUUCAAAGAGAAGUCACGAAAUGCACUGAAGGAGUGCUACAAAAAGAACAGGUACCCGACCCCGGACGAGAAGAAAAACCUGGCUAAAAUCACAGGACUGUCCCUCACACAGGUCAGCAACUGGUUCAAGAACCGCAGGCAGAGGGACAGGACCCCGUCCGGGACCCACAGCAAAAGUGAAUCUGAUGGAAACCACAGCACUGAAGAUGAGGCGAGCAUCAUGGAUGACACCCCAGACAAACCGGAUGAAGCUGCUGGCUCCACAGCCUCCAUCAUCUCUCUCUCUGCCGUUCCCUGCAGCACAGGAGGCCAACUCAUCCUCAAUGGGUCAAGUGGCUUCCUCACGGCUUCUCAGCCAUUAUUGCUUAAUGGGAAUUCACUUAUCUCCAGUACUGGUGCCGGUGUUAUAAUUAAUGGGCUGAGUUUGAGUGAUUGCCAGACAGUCACACUGAGUCCUGUUGCAGCCAACCCUCCUGUGAUACUCAAUGGGGCUCAGGUUAUAACCAAAUCUAAUAUGAGUGUGCAGCAGCCAUUGCAACAAGCUGUAUCUGUGGCAGAGCAGGUAUCGGCCAUUGAAGCUAAGGCGAGCAGUCUUCAAGCAUCUGUUCUUAGCCCAAACAACCCAAACCCUCCAUCGAUAAUCUCUCUUCCUCUGCAAACCAAGACAGACAGUGGCAAUGCAAUGGAUUACAUUAGUCUGCAUGAAUCAGAGGGCAGCACCCACACAGUAUCCUCCUCCUCUUCUUCAUCUUUAUCCCCCUCUUCACCAAGUCUGUCCUCCCCAAACAGUGUCCCUUCACUAGUCUUGGCACAGAACACACACGAUUCCCUCACCCUCCCAGCCCCUCUGUCGUCUUCAGGCAUGGUCAUGGUCUCCAGUUCUGCUGGGCCUCUCUCCAAUCAGCAUGGGGAGUAUGUUGUCUUUGCCACUGGCAGCUCCCAGUUAAAUCCUUCUAGCUCUGUGGUUUCCUCCAGCAGUACUACCCCACAGGUCUUCUCUCUGCCCCAGGUCGUGCCUUCCAUCCAGGGUAUACCUGUGUCACAGCUGGUCCAGCACUCUUCAGGCACACAGGUGUCCCAGUGUCCUCAGCUGGUCCCAGUAUCGCCACUCACUUCGUCAGCUCCUCAGUUUCAAGGCCCCCUGACAGUGAAUACUGGCAACAGACUAGUGCAUCAGCAGCAGGAUCAUACAUCAACUCUGCCUGCAAGUGCAACAAAUAUAGUCUCUAUUUCACAGCUCAACAACAAUCAGCUGCCACAGCGAAUGGUGCACCAACUGGGGGAACAAACCACAAACUCCACACUCAGCAAAAUCCAGUCUCCACAGGUUGUUUCCAUCUCUUCCCCAACGCAAGUUGUCCCAGUCCCUCAGCCCAAAGGUACCACACCAACACAGCUGGUUCCACUCUCAAUGCCUCAGCUGGUCCCUGUCUCCUCCAUCCAAACGUCCUCCACAAUGUCUUUCCCCCAAGUAGUGCCGGCAAGUCCUUCUCUCUCCAUCCCCUCUGCUGGUGUGCCUCUACAAAUCCUGGCUUCAGCUCCUGCAUCUGGAUCAGUCACACAGGCUCCUCUGAGGAUUAACCAGCUCCGGCCCAUUCAGAAUGUGGGUCCACCAACCAGCAUGGCCCCUGGUGUGCAACUCCUUAACUCUGGAAUCAUUCAGCUGCCCUCUGCUUCUCCAGGUAACCUUCUGCUCGGUGGAAGCCCUUACCUGAGUGUCCAGCAAGGUAAGUUAAUUCUGACCAUCCCAGCCGGCAUUCAGCUCACUAGCUUGCCCCUGAAACCAGUCUCUGAAGCACCAACCAUCUCUGCUAAUGGAUUGAGCCCCGCUUUCACACCCUGCACCCUCCCUGUGGCCUCUCAGGCCUCGUCCACGUCAGGACAAACUCCCAGUGGAAUCACGUUAUCUCCUCUUAACUUCAUCAACUCCUCUCCACCAUACUAUACUCCAGAAACGGGGCUUUCAACCAGCCAGACACCUGUCACCCCCUCCCCUCAUACGCUGGACCAUUCAGUCACCUCCACACUGCCAAACACUCUGACUCCAGAAAGCAUGCUCACCCUCAGUCCCAUGUACAGUGGAGUCACAUCCACCGCCCAUGUGACCCAGCCAGCAUGGAGUCCCGUGCCCCUCUCCACGUCAGCCAGUUUAACUCUGUUUGAUGUCCGUGGAAAGGGGGACCUUCCUGUAGACCCGGGUUUGUUAGGCCUCCCUGGUGGAGAGUCGCUGCUUCUAGGAAGCCCUUCACCAGAGCAGGAUGUGGAAACCAGCUCGCCACUGGGGGAUCCAGACGAGAUGGACGGAGACUCCAAGAUCCUUACUCAGCUCCAGUCUGUCCCUGUGGACGAUGAGCUGGGCUUGUAAAAACCACGCAGCAACCCUGUGUGUCUGAAAACAAAACCAAAACAAAUGCUGCAACAUCCAAAAGGUUAUAGACUCUGCCUUUUAUUUUUUUGUUUUCAUUAAUCUCAAUGAUUUCAUUUCAUUGUCAACCCUCCAUGACUUAAAUGCAGACCUGGAGCCAUCGUGGUCUUAGCUGGCACUUAUGAGUCAAACUCUCUGCAGCUCUAUUUUACAUCGAUGUGCAGAAUCAUAUGGGAUAAUCAACUCUGGUUGAACAUCAGAAUAUUCUUUUUUUUAU